AUGUCCACUCCAUCCACCUCUGAAACCGCGUUUAACGACAUCCACUCCCUCUACCUCGCCCUCACAGCCCAAGCCACCACCCUCCUCAACGAACUCGACCAAUUCGCCACCCACAUCACAUCCAACCCCCUCGUACCCAACCCCGACAUCGUCCUCAACAAACUCUGUAACGACGCCGUGCGCGAAGACAAACUCCUCAAGCAUCAUGGUGGGAUUCUUGGCCUCGACAUCACGUCCGCCACCACCACCACCAACUUAGCAGUCGUAGAAACAAACCAACCCCCAGCCACCCUCAACCACCCAGACACCGAUCUAGCCACCCACCGCAUCCGCAGCUCAAACAUCGCCUUCCUAGCCCGGUUAUGGACGGAACUCAAAAGGUGCAAAGGUGUCGUUGCCGUGAGGAAACAGGUCAGCUCAAAUCCAAACUCAAACCUAGUCUCAGUCUCCAAUCUCCAGCAACCACACAGCGCACGGGCAUGCAUGGACGUCAGAGAGCGGUCGAAAAUAUCGAGUAGUGCAAGUGGGAGCGUGCAUGCUUCCCGAGGGAGUGUUAGAAGGCAAGACAAGGAACCUGUAACGGUGGAUAUCAUGGCUGAUGGGGGUGCGGUGUGGAUUAAAUUGUUUACGAAGAGUUUGGAGUGGGUUGGGAUGGAUAUGGCGAGAGAAGGGUUGGUGGAUUUGGGGGUAGAGGAGGAGGGGGAGGAGGAGGACAACGAUGGGACGAGUACUGAGGGUGAGAUGCAGGACGAUAGAAUACAGGGGAAUGGUGUUAAAAGGAGUAGAAGGUUUAGUAGAAGGGAUCGGGAGGCUUUGGAAGGACUCAAAGUGGUGAAGUUGGCGAGGGAGUUUCUGGCUGCUGCGAAAUCUGCACGAUUUGGAGCGGCGCAUCGGCAUCCAAGUGUGAAAGUCUACUUGACGAAGAUCAAUAGAGGUGCUUUGAGGGACAUGGACAUGGUGCUUGAGUAUAUUGAAGAUUUGGGUGUGGUUGUUGUGACUGCGGACGAACUGGAACGUGAUCAGACUCUCACUAGCUACCAGUCUUCAGGGCAGCAAAUCGACCAGAGUCCGCAAGAUCUCACAACUAUCUUCGAUCGAAUGAUCAGCCCAUCACCACCCGUAUUACCGACCGCGGCACUAAACAUCGACUGUACGAUCCUCAUUGCACUUAUAUCCGACAUCUCUCAUAUUUGCAGUUCAGAAAUCGUGAUUCCAGCUCACUACAAAGGCCGACCAUCCGCACAAGAUAUCGAAGGGCAGCUGCUGACGGAGCCUCGGGAUCCGCUACUGCCGAAUCGGAUCUACCCUGUCAUGCGAGGCAGAAAACUUGUCUGCACGAGUAAAGCGGCUGCUCACCUGCGCAAUAUUGUCCGAGUCAUGGGCUCCUCGACUGAGACUAAGCGAAGUAAUAUCUUCUUGUCUGUUGGGCCUGAGGAUAGGCGACAACUUGGUGAGCUACAGCAGCAACUACAGCUGCUGUCAAUCCACGAUGUACCUACCAGGCUACAACUUCCAAUCGAGAUUGUGGAUAAUGUUGAGAGUGGUUGUUCCGAGGAAGAGGAAUGUUUGAAGCUGCAGGAAGAGGUGAUGCAGCGGCUUUCGAUACAUCCUCGAUUGAGUCCUCUCAACCAGUCCGUGUUCUUCCAUGGUUGGAGAGCAGGUGUCACAACGCUAUCUCUGAACCGCGUUGUGUCCGAGUGGUUGGGUAGAGCCAUUGACGGAACACUGGAUGAGUUGGAGUUUGAGCGUGAUUGCCCAGGAGAUAUUGCAGAACAGCACAAGUUCAAUGGACCAAGAGUACUGAUAUGUGGUCGUGAGAGAAGUCUCCUAGGCAAUGCAAAGGUCUAG